AGCAGCAGCAGCAGCAGCAGCAGGCGGCGAGCGCGGGGCCUGCCCGCUGGCCGGGGACCCCCGACGAGAGAUGCCCGGGCGCGGAGGAAAUGCCCGCCUUCCCUGUUGUUUGACCAGCCUCCAGUAAACAUCCCAGGGCUCGCCUUUCCAACCAGAUCAGAAGGGUGCCCGGAUUUCAAAAUGCUCAUAAAAGAGUAUCGGAUUCCCCUUCCGAUGAGCGUUGACGAAUAUCGGAUCGCCCAGCUGUACAUGAUCCAGAAAAAGAGCCGGGAAGAGACUUGUGGUGAAGGCAGUGGCGUCGAGAUUUUGGAAAACCGACCGUAUACCGAUGGCCCAGGCGGCAAUGGGCAGUAUACUCAUAAAGUAUACCAUAUUGGUAUGCAUAUUCCCAGUUGGUUUCGGUCUAUCCUGCCAAAGGCAGCCCUCCGAGUUGAAGAGGAAUCGUGGAAUGCAUAUCCUUAUACAAGGACGAGGUACACCUGCCCAUUUGUGGAGAAAUUCUCCAUUGAUAUCGAAACCUAUUAUAUAGCUGACUCAGGAGAGCAAGCCAACGUGUUCAACCUUUCCCCUGCAGAGAAGAGGCAGGCUGUUCUGGAUCCUAUCGAUAUUGUUAAAGAGGCCGUCCCUCCCCAUGAAUACAAAUCAGAGGAAGACCCAAAGGUGUUUAAGUCGGCCAAGACAGCCAGGGGCCCUCUGCCAGAAGACUGGAUCAAAGAGCACAAGAAUAACCCUGGGAAAUAUCCCAUCAUGUGUGCCUAUAAACUGUGCAAAGUGGAGUUCCGUUACUGGGGGAUGCAGUCAAAAAUUGAGCGCUUCAUUCAUGACGUUGGCUUACGGAAGGUGAUGGUGAGGGCUCACCGGCAGGCUUGGUGUUGGCAGGAUGAAUGGUAUGGACUCACCAUAGAGGACAUCCGGCAGCUGGAGAAGGAGGCCCAGUUGAUGCUGGCUCAGAAGAUGGCCCAGUUCAGCUUCAGUGAGCCUGAGCCAGAACCACACCUUCCCCAAGACCCUCUGAUCGAGCGCAACGUGGAAACCAAGGCCAUAUCUCCAUCCAUCGAGGGGGUGGAUGCUGCUAGCAAUAUUGACGAACCUUUGCCAGGGCGAGUGCUAACUAAGCAGUGGUCAACGUCUUCCAAAUCCUCUUCGAAAAGAGGAGCAAGCCCCUCGCACCAUAGCAUAUUGGAGUGGAGAAUGCAGAGCAUUGCGAGGGACUCGGACGAGAGCUCCGAUGACGAAUUCUUCGAUGCACAUGAGGACCUGUCUGAGAAUGAAGAGGUGUUCCCGAAAGAAAUUACAAAAUGGAGUUCAAACGAUCUCAUGGAUAAGAUCGAAACGGCAGAAACCGAUGAAGUCCCAGAUGAUCCAAGCCUUGAAUCGGCAGCGGAGUAUCAUGUUGGAUGCAGCGUGGAAAGACUAAGUAUCAUUGAGGAUGAGGUUGUACCUCCGCUGGUGCAGCCCAGCCAAAUCCACGUCCUCCUCCUGGUCCUGCAUGGAGGCAACAUCCUUGAUACGGGAAGCGGCGAGCCAAGCUCCAAGCAGGGGGACGUCAACACCAUUGCCGCAGCCUUCGAUACUGUCAUCAGGGUCCAUUAUCCGGCCGCCCUUCGACGGAUCGCCAUCAAGUUAGUCCCUUGUCCGGCCAUCUGCUCUGAAGCGUUUUCCCUGGUUUCCAACCUCAGCCCCUAUAGUUACGAUGAAGGCUGCCUUUCCAGUAGCCAGGAUCACAUUCCACUCGCAGCGCUUCCUCUCCUGGCCACAUCCUCCCCGCAGUACCAAGAGGCAGUUGCCACAGUGAUCCUGAGAACCAAUCAAGUGUACGGUGACUUUAUCAAAUCCCAAGAAGGCGCAUCCUUCAGUGGCCAGGUGUGCCUGAUCGGGGACUGUGUGGGGGGAAUCCUGGCCUUCGAUGCCCUUUGUUACAGCAACCAGACCACGCCGGAGAGUCAAAACAGUAGCCGCCGCGGGAGCGUCAUCAGCGUGCAGGACACGGAUCUCUUGUCUCCCGGCAUCCUCGUGAACAACAGCUAUUGCUCGGAAGGCUGUGGCCUGGAAGCCACGCGGCACCUCAGCCGGAGCACGGCCGACCUCCCGCGCAGCCACGAGGAAGAUCCCAGGAAGCAGCAGCUGCUGCGGAAAAGGAGCGACUCGUCCACCUUCGAGCCGGACACCCUGAAGCAGCACCAGGCGUUCCUGUCCAGUUUACAAUCUAGUGCUCUUAAGAACUUCCCGGGGUCAAGGCGAUCCAGUAGUUCCACGCAACUGGACGGUGGGAAUCUUGGGAAAUUCGAAUUUGAGAUCACCGACUUCUUCCUGUUUGGGUCUCCCCUGGGGCUGGUCCUUGCCUUACGAAAAACCAUCAUACCAACUCUUGACAUCUUCCAGUUGAGACCAGCUUGCCAGCAAGUCUACAACCUGUUCCAUCCAGCUGACCCUUCUGCCUCCCGCUUGGAACCCCUUCUAGAAAAGAAGUUCCACAUUUUGCCCCCCUUCAGCAUCCCACGUUACCAGAGAUUCCCUCUUGGAGACGGCAAUUCAGCCCUUCUGGUGGAAACAGUCCAGAACAAUCCUGCCCUCCUCGUUGAAAGCAACCUUCUGGUUGCUCUUCAGAACCAGGACACCUUCAUGGAAACCAGUAUCCCCGUUCCCACCUUGAACUGGCAAGACGUUUCCAAUAAAAAUUCUGGAUUUGCUGAGUCAGAUGUUGUUCAGUCUCAGGGUGGCGUCUUCGUGGAAAACGCGUCCCCGUCUGCUCCCAUUUCAGCCCCCCAGUUCAGGGGCUUCCGGAGAGCAAGCGAAGUGAGCAUUGUCAGCCAGGUGUCGGGAAUGGCAGACAGUUACGCUGCCUCCAGCAUAGCCAACAAGAAAAAACACCAUCUCAACCACGGCAGAGGGUUUAGCCUUCUGGCUCUGCUAGCACUGCCCCACAAAUCCACCAUCCAGUCCUCCCCCGAGAGGACUAGGGGGCCCAAGUCCGAAAGAUCCCAGAGUCCUUUAGGAAGAAGGUUUGAGAGCUCCCUCCGCGGGGAAGUGGAUUCCACCCAUCUGAUUCCAGACUCUGAUGCCAACAAAGUUGCUGCAAAAUGGUGGGGGACCAAAAGGAUUGACUAUGCUCUCUACUGCCCCGAUGCAUUGACUGCUUUCCCCACAGUCGCCUUACCACACCUCUUUCAUGCAAGUUACUGGGAAUCCACGGACGUAGUCUCCUUCCUCCUCAGGCAGGUGAUGCGGCACGAGAACGCCAGCAUCCUAGAAGUGGAUGGGAAAGAGGUCUCCGUCUUUACACCUUCCAAACCCAGGGAGAAAUGGCUCCGCAAACAGACUCACGUCAAGCUACGGAAUGUCACGGCCAACCACCGAAUAAACGACGCCGUUGCCAACGAGGAAGGGCCCCAGAUGUUAAACGGAAGAUUCAUGUAUGGCCCGUUGGACAUGGUCACGCUCACAGGAGAGAAGGUGGACAUUCACAUCAUGACCCAGCCCCCCUCCGGAGAAUGGGUUUACUUUGACACGGAGAUCACCAACAGCAGCGGGCGGGUUUCCUACAUGAUUCCUGAGAAGAGGCGGCUGGGGAUCGGGGUGUACCCUGUCAAAAUGGUGGUGAGGGGUGACCACACCUAUGCAGACAGCUACAUAACGGUUUUGCCCCGGGGGACCGAAUUCGUGGUCUUCAGUAUCGACGGCUCCUUCGCCGCCAGCGUCUCCAUCAUGGGCAGCGAUCCCAAAGUCCGGGCCGGAGCAGUUGACGUCGUACGGCACUGGCAAGACCUCGGCUACCUCAUUAUCUACGUCACGGGCCGGCCCGACAUGCAGAAGCAACGGGUGGUCGCCUGGUUGGCACAGCACAACUUUCCCCACGGGAUUGUCUCCUUCUGCGACGGGCUGGUUCACGACCCCUUGCGGCACAAAGCCAACUUCCUGAAAUCUCUCAUCACAGACCUGGACAUGAAGAUCCAUGCAGCCUAUGGAUCCACCAAGGAUGUCUCAGUCUACACUUCCAUCAACCUGUCCCCUCCACAGAUCUACAUUGUUGGGCGGCCUACCAAAAAGUUACAAAGCCAAUGCCAAUUCAUCACGGAAGGCUACGCGUCACACCUGGCCCAGCUGGAGUACACGCACCGGUCCCGGCCCGCCAAGAACACCACCCGGAUGGCUCUCCGAAAGGGAAGUUUUGGCCUCCCAGGGCAGACGGAAUUCCUGCGCAAGAGGAACCACUUGUUGCGGACCAUCUCCUCCCAGCCCACGGCGUCCAGGAGCCAGAGUGGCGGGUACCGGCCAGAGCGAACGCAAAGCCAGUCCGAAAGCGACCGGGAGCGGGACCGGGAGCGCAGCCAGAGGAGCAUGAGUCUCGCCGCAGGCUGCUGGGGUCGAAGUGCGGUCUCGAGGCUCGAACCGGGGAACUCAGGGCAGAAGUAGAGGCAGCCGAGGCACGACGGCGGCAGCCAGCUGUGCUUGCCCGCGUGGCGGAAGCAAGGGCGAUGGUGAGGCCUGCAGAAUGGGGCACGUGGGCAAAUAUGGUGCUACUAGUUGCCGGCGGAGCGGCAAUAACCUGGCCAGGAGCAACCGAGCGAUUGGGUUUCCCUUUCCCCGACACACGGAGGCCUAGACAGCAGCAGGGGCGUUGGGCAAGCGGAGUGCGACCGGGCGGGCCAAACACAGAAGCCACCGGGACACUGGAGGGAGGAAGACUGAUGGAAGCUGCCUCCUCUCCAAGAUCCACCAUUUCCCUGCACCACCUUUUCUCUUAUCCAGGGUUAGAGACUGUAAAUAUGUGCCUGUUCAGCUUCUUAGCCAUCCGUCAAAGACAAGAAGAGGUGGUGGUGCCAUGUGGGAGUGGCGGCAGACCAGGCUGUGGGGUGGGGUGCGUGAGUCCACUGAGGCCGGCCCUGUGACCUGGACGUGGGGAGGGGGACGCCGCCAGCUAUCCCUGCUUUACAACCACAACACCAUUUGCUCCGUUUCUGGGAUCUGGAAGGACUCGGGGUAGGCGAACGGAGCUCCAAGGAGACAAUGCACCGACUGCUCCCAGGCUGAGUCACGUCACGGCUUCUGAUCGAUGGACGGCGGCUACGUCGAAGCUGUGGGUGCAAUCCAAAUAGAAUCGGAUUGGUGGUUUAUGGGGGCCGGUUCCAAUUAAAGGAAUUUUUUUAAACAGGAGUUUGGAAGCUGACAGAUUGCACUAAUUCAGGAAAAAAAAAGAGUGUGACAGCCACAAGAUUCUGCCCCUUGGGAUGGAGGGGAGCAGAAAUGGAUUUGGGCGAUAAGUCCUAAUCUUCAGCCCGUACCGGCAGUAUCGUUCAAAGCACCCUAUAUUUGCUCAGCCUAAAACAGAAAAUAAAAAGAAGCUACGUCCAAAUUCUUCCCAGACCUUUUCAGAUG